AGCGAAAAGGAGUUUACAAUGGAUGGAAAUGUACUUGGUGCUGUCAGGAAAGCUAGCUAGUUGUAAACGGAGCGGAAAGAGUUAACAUUAACACUCAAGUAGAGUAAUAACUAAAACGAUACACUUGAGAUAAACGGUGGGAGUGUACAGUUAUGGAGCUGAGUAAAGACGACACUGCCCUGGAGGCUGACGACAGGGGGCGGAAGAGAGACGACUUGCAGAGUGUCAUCGCGGAGAAACAAGUGCAACGCAAUCCGCCGGAGUCCUGUCCCGGACUCGUCUCCGGAGACACGCACCCCAUGUGUCGCGCUCGGGAGAGGAGCGAUCCGGAGCCUAAGACUGGCGAUGCUGCCGGUGAUGAGGGAGACGCGACCGAGAAGACGUCCAGUAAAGCGCAGAGCGAAAGAAAUAAGAGAAGAUCCGGCUGCAGCUCCGAGAGCGCACCGGAUGGCCGCCAGGGCAAAAAGAAGCACCGGCGGCGACCGUCCAAGAAGAAGCGGCGCUGGAAGCCGUACUUCAAGCUGACCUGGGAGGAGAAGAAGGAGCUAGACGAGCGGGAGAGCGCGCGCGCGUCUCGGGUCCGAGCCGAGAUGUUCGCCAAAGGUCUGCCCGUGGCCCCUUACAACACCACUCAGUUCCUAAUGGAAGAGCACGACCGAGAGGAGCCCGACCUGAACACGGAGCGCUGCAACCGCAAGUCUUUCGGCGCGAGCCGGUCCGAAGACACGGCCAGCGAGGAAGACUGCUUCGAACCCGAGGAGGACGAGGAAGAGGAAGGUGAAGGCGGAGAAGGCGGCGAGAGCGACGGCAUGGGUCGAGCCGCGGGCGCAGGCGGAGAGUUUCUGCAACGGGACUUUUCCGAGACCUACGAGCGGUACCAUGUAGAGACGCUGCAAAAUAUGUCGAAACAGGAACUGGUGCGGGAGUACCUGGAACUGGAGAAGAGCAUGUCGCGCCUGGAGGAGGAGAACAACUGGCUGCGGCGCGCGCGGAGAAACCCGGCGGCUCCGGGCGAGAGCGCGCAGCGCGUGCACGAGCUGGAGCGCGAGCUGGAGAGAGUGAGAGCGCUGAACAGCGAGCUGCUCUUCCAUUGCCACAGCACCGCGGGGGGACUCGCCGUGAACGGCUCUGCCGCCGAGAGGCCACACGCCGAGGGCACGGACACACAGUGACCGAUACACACACAGACAAACGCGUGGGACAGUUCGACAUGUUUGUUUCUAUUUUCCUGAUAUAUUGUCCGCUGAUCUUAUCCGUUGUCUUACUGUAAAGCUACGGUAGCUAAUGUGAUGCUCUUUCGACCCGAAAGGUAACGUUGAUUAUUUUUUGUUUGUUUGUUUGUUUUCUCUGACAAGUUUUAAAAAUUGAAUUUGUGUGUGAGGUCCCAGUUCGUUGUAACGUAGGUUAGGUCUUUUUGCACACGUGACUGGAUUUCUUUAAAAGAGACUAUUUUGUUUUUUAGAGUCGAUGCUUAUGGAUCAGGUCACGUGUUCAUACUGCACGGGAAAACAGCACAGUGUCACAUACACGUGUCUAAGUUUACCAUAAAGCGAUGUGUUUUUGUCCAUCAGUCCCGUUUUGGUAUUUUCUGCUGGUGCACCUGAUAUUCUGCUAUACACUUAUUAAUGCAUGACCAAGGCAGUAUGUGGGCUAAUAAAACUGUGGAAACCCGAUACUGGCAUUCGUUUUCGUCCAAAACACAUCAAGUAAAUUAUUUUAAAAGAGA